AUGCUGAUACCUCUGAUUCUCUGUUUCUUAUCAACAGCAUUUAGCCAAAUCUCUCAACCUGAUCAUUAUGUAAGAUAUUUUAUUUGAAAAAUACAACAAGGAUAUUUCUAUGCUAAUAGUACAAAUAUUUUGUAAAACUUUUCUGAAACAUACUACUUAAGCAAGGAAGUUUUUGUAACUGAAGCCCAAACGUCUCUUUCCUGGAAACAGUGCAAAAAAGUUUAAUUCAUAUUUUCUUUUUUGAGUAAAAAGUUAUGCGAAGUACCCCUUUUGAGAUUUGUAUAACCCUGCAUCAGGCCAUGUUUUGAGCUACUCAGGGACCUCCUGGCUGGUAUCCAGAACAAUUGGGACUGCAAUUGCCGGAAGACGCGGAGUCAGCACAGCCUGUAGGUCAGUGGGUCUUCAAUUAUCCAAAAUGAGAACAUUUUCAAGUCGAAUGCAAAAAACUGAGAAGCUUCACUUUGAUUGGAGAAGAUGGAAAUGGUGUUUUCUCAUCGAAGCAGUCCAUAAAACCGCGUUUCCGGUGAGUUCCGGUCACUUUGAUACUGAGUAACAUUUCUUUUCCAACUUUGUUUCAGUUCUGCGAACAUUUAAAAGUUUAGAAAUCAUUAGAAAGUAUUUGGAUGCUUCUGUCAGAAAUUUAAGGAAUGAGUUUUUAGGUAUAGUCAAUGGGGCGGAUGUUUUAAGUCUAAAUAGGCUCACUUGUGGACUAAUCAUGAAAUUUUUUCAAACUCAAGAAAAUUUCUAAAAAAAAGUCGUAUAAUUCAUUGGAACGUUGUUUGAAGAUUUGGAGUCAUCCACCUUGGUAGCUUUCAAAAAUCUCUAGUCUGAAAAACUGUUACUUCAAACCAUUCGACGUUUGCAAGGGAUGUAGGAACUUUUAGAAACAGUAUUCGUAAUCUGGAAAAGUGUCUUGACAAUUUAUCGAAUACUCAUUCUAGGAAGUACAUAGUGAAAAAAUUGUUUUUUAAGAUGUUAGAAUCAAUUUAAUAAACUUUUUGAUCUCGGACAAGUGGAGUUUCAUUGAAAUGCAGAUUCUUCUCGCCAAAAAAUGGAAAGGACAACUACGUUCUGAUCAGUUGCCCUGAAGUGGAAAGCUACUUGCUCGGGGAAGCGAGGGAGCACGUCACAAUUGAUGGAAUCAAAAAUGCGGUUAUUUUGGCAAAAGGAAACAACGUCUCUGUGAUGCUCAAGUGCGACAAAAUGGGAAGGUCCGCGAAAAUAAGUCUUUUAUAGUUCAUCUUUCAUAGUUAGACUUUUUAAGUCCGACUCCGAGCUUCUUUUGUCAGUAAAAUGCGUCGUUCAGGACACAUGGUCGCGACAUUUUCACAAACGCUCGAGAACGACUUCGACGGUUCACGUGCUUCCAUAAAUAA